AUGAUGGCGGGGUACCACGUUGCUUCCCUGACUAGCUCCUGGAAGCUCGCGAUCCUCUUGGUUUCUCUGCUCUGCUCGAGCUGCAUCGUCCUGGCGAACCAGGAGAUGGCUAAGGACGAGGAGGCAUGGCAGCAGGCUGACAUCAUCGUCGCCAAGCUGCUCGCCCAGCCGUGCGAUGCAGGAUCGCCCGGGCUGACCUCGCAGGAGCGAACUCUGCUCCACGCCAUCGAGACGACGACGCAUCACCUUGAGGCCGCACGGAAGUUUGACCAGGAGAGGAAGUAUCUGGAGGGGGUCGUGGAGUUGAUCCAUCUGUUCAACAACGCCAAGAGAGUGACGGAAACUACUUGGGCGUUCAACCAUGAGACCUAUCUGGCGAUCGAACAUUGCAGGCCUGUCAAGAAUUCAGUCUAUCUCUGGGCCCGGGCGCUUCCUGAGUAUCAGCUGGAGAGCAGCAGCGUGAAGAAGAGAUAUCAGACCAUCUCUGAGGACAUGUACCAAAUUUGCAAAUCUGCAAGAAGAUUUCAUGCCCGGAACCCGCACCCCAAUCAGGACAGCAGCAGCAACGUCAUAGGAGAGCUCGCGCACGAGGCUCGUUCAAAGAUGGUCAAGGAUCUGACCACCUUUGACGCGUGGUGCGGCAACCGGACGUCCUUCUGCCCAGAGUCAUGGAUCCUUGGAGGGCAGGUGUUCUCCCUACGGAUCGCUCAGAAGUACGAGGAGGCGAUGAGUCUACUGUCAAGCUAUGGAAUCGUGAUCUUUCCCAGCAAGUCUCGCACCUCCCCCGGCCUGACCGUCAACCUCUGGAAGAACGUCUGGCGGUCCAUUCAGGCUAUUCAGAAAGUCUACGUGAGACUCCCGGCCACCAACAGGCUGCUCAGGAGCCGAUUCCUUGCCGCUGAGCUAGCGCAUCUGAUCGUAGAGGUCCCAGGGAGUGUGAGGGGUUGGGAGGGUGACGUGGGUCAGAUGGAGAAGGACUGGGAGAAGAACCGUCUGUCCUCCUUUCUCUCCUCCUCCUCCUCUCUAGUGUGGGGCAAGUCUUCCGACAUAGCAUGGAGGACGUUGAGAGUUUUCAGCUCCGUCUCUGCUCUCUCCCGUGUCAAGCUCCUCCUCUUCUCCUCCACUCGGGCCCUCCUGGCCUCUUUCAACCGCCUCGUCCUCUCGUCUCACAAGAGCUCCUGGCUCGAGAGAGGCUUGACAGGAAUUGCACUAGAUCCUGCAGGAAGGAGAAUGCUCCCCAAUCUACUGAAGCUGGUGAUGCUCUGCCUGCUGCAGGUUUUCAUCCUUGAAGGGCGUCUGGCCGAUGCUCUCCUGGUCGCCCAGCGUGCAAAGUCCCUGCUGCAGACGUUGGACGGCAGCCUUGCUGCUGCACGUUCUUCCUCCUCCCCUCCCCCGCCUCGUCCGGAUGUUGUUGAGAAGGAGCUAGCGAAGAUGAGUGUCUCGGAGAAGCUCGAAGCUGCCUGGCCUGGAUUGUCGCGCAUGCUGCUGGUGGAGAAGAGCAAACUCUUCAGGUGGAUAGGGGACAAGUCACAGUGCGUAGCCUCCUCGCAAGCUGCCGUCCUGCUGGGCGCUACCACCUCUUCCUUGGAGGCGAUGGGCGACUGUCUGAGGAUGAGGGAGGGGGGAGGAGAAGCCUCUCUGCUGGCUGCGAUCCUCUCCUACGUGGUGCAUGCGAUGAAGGGAAAGAAGGAGGAGAUAGAAACCAACAGCAUGCUCUGGUACUUGAGAGCCCUCGGGAUGAGCGUCAAGACUCGCGGGUUGUCAGGGGUCGGUCAAGUGGCCUCGGUCAUUAUUGUCAAGAUUUCUGCCCCGAUAGUCCGUGAGCUCAUUGACCUCGUCAAGAGGAGCUUGUGGGUAUUGGGGAAGCAGACUGUGCAAGUGUUCCGUCAGACUUGCUCCUUCGUGCAGGAUCUGAGCUCCUGGAUACGUCGAGGAGAGCUUCGCCGUCUGCUUGUCCGUCAGGGGGAGAAACUGAUGAGCCUCGGAGAGAUGGCGAGCUUGCAAUGGAUGAGGGACUUGGGGUCGCUUGCCGACGAGUGGAAGUAUAUCAGCGACGGGCUGCUGUCCUCCCUCCGUCGCGCAUGGAGCUGGUUGAACGCGGCAGAGGCAGGCGGGGGGGGGGGGAGGGAGCGACAGUGGGCAUGGAAGGAGACGAUGAAGAGAUGGAGGGAGCAGGGGAGAUGCGCGCGACCGAUGAAGGCUGCGGGGGAUAACGACAUUAUCCACUUGUUUGGAGAGAAGUCAGUAAUGGGAUUCUACCGCUGUAGCAAGACGAGUAUCCGGAAAGCUUACCACAAGUGA